AACACAAGAUGUUCCUCCUCUCUAAACUCCACCCUCCACUCCCCGGCAGGAGGAGCGCUUCCCUCUGGACCAGUCCUCCCCUCUUGUAGAAGUGACGGAGACGCGCACUCCCUCCCCCUCCCGCUCCCCGUUCCCGUGACGCAGCGCCUCCCCGUGCGCACCGAUGCUGGAGUGGAAGCGACAGGCGCGCUCAUCUCUGUGGGACUGAUCGCGUCGAGGAGCGGAGACGGGAGGAGACAGGAUCACCACCCAGGUCUGCGUCCGACAGGAGACCUCUUACCGCGGGGGGAACGAUGCUCAAAACGAGACUCUCCGCUGGCAGCAGGACUUAAAAAAAGCUGCGGUCCAUUAAUCUGGACACUUUAAAAUCCGACUCUCAGCUCAGAUACGGAAGAUACGAAUCCAGGCAGGUCAUCUUCCAUCUAAUCUUUGGGUCGGGAAUUUACCCCCAAGUCUGAAGGCCAGUCAGUCAAUCAAGCACGAUGUGGAAGAGCGGGAUUCUCCUGCUGCUCCUGUGGGUGCUCCAGGCGUCCGGUGAACUCCAACAAGAGACGGAGCCGCGGAGACUCCCACCGCCGGGAAAGUUGGAUUUCGGUUAUGUGCCUGCGGGAGUUUACGAGACUCUGGCACACUACGAACCGGGACCGAUAGGCAUCCUGUUCCACCUGGUGCACGGAUUUCUGUAUGUGGUGCAACCCAACGCUUUCCCAGAAGAUCUUAUCGUCAGACUGGCAAAGGACAAGUUCGGAGCCAUUCAGACAGAAUACCAAAAGCCAGAGAACAUAGUGCUGACACUUCAGGCCAUCUACUACGAGAUAGGCUUCCUGGUGUGCUCGGCCGUGGGCCUGCUGUUCGCCGUUCUGAUGCCGCUCGCCGGCCUCUUCUUCUGCAUGUGCCGCUGCUGCGACAACUGCGGCGGCGAGAUGCACCAACGACAGAGGAAGAACGCAGACUGCCGCCGAGGCCUGCUGGGGACGCUGCUCUUCUCCACCUCGCUGGUCAUCACGAUCGGCGUGCUGUGUGCAUAUGCUGCCAACCAGAACCUGAGCUCUCAGGUGAAGAACAUACGGAGGUUAGUCAACAGCAACAUGAGGGACCUGCACACCUUCGCUAAUGACACACCAAUGCAAAUUGAUUACCUAAUAUCCCAGUACGCCACCGCCAAGAACAAAGUCAUCUAUGACCUAGAUAAUAUAGGUCCAUUAUUGGGUGGAAGGAUACACGAUCAGCUGGAUAAGGAGGUCAAUCCGGCCCUGGACAGAGCACUCAAUAUGGCCGGAGUGAAAAUCGAGCGAGCCGUCAAAGCCAUGCGAGAAACAAAGGAGGCCCUGGAGAACGUCAGUGUGGGUCUGGAGGUCCUCAAGGAAGGGACGGGGAAACUGAACUUCAACCUGAGCCUGGUCCGCACGAGCAUCAACCGCACUCUCAACGACCCGGGCUGCCAUGACGAGGAGUCGGACGCCACCUCUGCCCAGCUGUGCCGCAACAUCCGCCAGUCACUGUCCCAGCUGCAGAUCAGCGCCAACUACACACGGCUUCCCAAAGUAAACACUCAGCUGGAAAAGGUGAACGAUGUAAUGAAUACGGACCUCAGUGCCAUCGUCCAGAGGGGUUAUGCGUCAUUGAACGACACACCACACAUGGUCAUCGAACAAACUCGAAGUGUUGUGGAGAAUGUUCAGGGGUUGGUGGACGGCAUUGGCAACAACAUCAGCAGCUUCUCUAAGAUAUUCCCCGUGCAGAAUUGCCUGUCCAACUUCACUAUCUUUAUCAACCACGCCCACGCCAAGAUCGAGGACCAGUACCCUGAAAUUGACCAGAUGGACUUUUACAGGUGGAUUGGCUGUAUUGCACUGUGCUGCAUGGUAGUCCUGGUCCUGGCCUUCAACUACCUGGGCCUGCUGUGCGGCACCCUGGGAUACGACAAGCACGCCUCGCCUACAACGAGAGGAUGCAUCUCCAACACGGGAGGAACGAUGCUCAUGGCUGGUGUUGGAUUCAGCUUCCUCUUCUCUUGGGUGCUGAUGGGAGUGGUGACUCUCUUCUUCCUGGCGGGAGGAAACAUGGAGAAACUUUUUUGUGAACCGUUCCAUACCAAAGAAGUCUUCAAGGUUGUGGACACAGAUUACCUGGUCAACCCCGAGUGGAAAAACUUCAUCCCUGGCUACAUAUACAACGACUCUGACCUGGAACUGACAGCAGAGAGCUUAUACAGUACUUGCAAAGAGAACAAAGGCAUAUACUCCGCCAUGCGACUGGACAAAGUCUUCAACAUCUCCACUUUCCUCAACACAACAUUGUUUACUAAAGAAGUGGUGGGUCAGCUGGACGGCGUGAAGAUCGACCUGAGGGGAAUAAUCCUGUUAGAGUCCGAGGGGAAGCAGAACCUUCUGGAUUUCUCUGAAGUGGGGCUUUCAGAAAUCAACUACGCAGAUUACCUAGAAGAGGUCAAUAAAGGAGUCACUGUGGUGGACCUGCUCUCAUUUGCCAGAGAGCUGGAGGCUCAGACGGAUCUCAUGCCCAGAGGCGGUCUGCAGACGGCUCUGAAAGGCCACAUCGGGACUCUGCGGCAGAUCCACCGUCAGCAGAUCAUCCCGAUGGAGCAGGCCAUGAAAUAUGUUAGAGCAAGGAGUGCAUUAAACCAGAGUAUGAGAUUCCUGGAGAGGACAGCGUCAGACCUGCCGAACAAAGUCUUAGCGGUUAUUGAAGCCAUUGAAGCCGCACAGUACCUCAUCUCCCAGAAUGCAACACAGAUAAUCAAUCAGGAAACAGGAAAAUACACGGCAACAAUCGUUGGCUACUUCCAUCAGUACAUAGAAUGGGUGAAAACCUCUUUGGUGAUGGAGGUCGCACCAUGCAAGCCCUUCAGCAACAUGGUGGACACGGUGGAAAUCAUCACCUGCAGUUUCUUGGUCGACUCCAUGAACACGUUCUGGAUGGGCCUGGGCUGCAGCACCCUCUUCCUGCUCCCGAGCAUCAUCCUGGCAGUCAAACUAGCAAAGUACUACCGCAGGAUGGACACAGAGGACGUUUACGAUGACAUUGAGACAAUUCCCAUGAAAACUAUGGAAAUUGGUAAUAAUGGUUAUCAUAGCGAGCGCUCACAAGGUAUCCCAAAUCCUUUGAUGACGAGCAUCCCAACCUAUGACACUAUGAACAGGUUCCCGCGGGCCUCGGCUCCUCCGAGGCACAUUGACUGGUGACAGUGAGCCGGCUCUGGUUCCUGAAAGCUUGUUUUAGUGCGUUUCUGCUCACAGUGACUUUGCAGGAAAACCGUCAUGUGCCCUCGAAAACCGGAACUAAAAAAAACGCCACACUGUUCGCGCCUCCUGACCCCUCGAUGAAGACAAAGAAGAAGCUCAAUGAAGAAGGGUUUCUUACAGCAGAAGAAGAACGCAUGAAGCCCUCUGAGGUGUUUUUUAUCAAACGAUCAGCUCUUCAGUACAGUACAGUUACCUUUUCUUCGGCCCCUUCAUGAGGACAUCAAACUCUUCUCCCCCAACAUCAAUCUGAGCCACGCUUCUUCUUCUUCUUCUUCUACUCUUUUUUUUUAAAAUAAAGACUGCUGUGUCUGUGUUUACAUUUUUGUCAGACACAAGCUGAAACCACAUUAAGUAAAGAGGACAUGACAACAACUGUGAUGCCUGUCCAUUAUAAUGUACUGGUUUGGUUUGUGCUUAAAAAAAAAAAAAAGACUGAAAGGUCGUCAGAACGUCACGGCGAGCUGUUUUUCCUGCACUUGGACGGAUGUCUCAUGUUCACAACACAAACUUAAUGGUUAGAAGUGGAACCCCGUCUGUCGAUACACCUGUGAGGAAAAGUGCAAAGUUGUGUUGAAUAUGGUUUAAAAAAAAAAGCUGCACAUCAUUUCUAAUUGAAUGUGAAGGUCGGUGGAAGUAUAAACUGGAUGAUUUUUGACAAAGUGGUGAAAAUACAGAAGCAGGUGGAUUAUUAAAGGAACAUAAAAAAAAUGUUUACAAUAUCCUGAGCUUCAACAGUUUGGGGCAAAAUGCAAAUGAGUGGUUAGUUGCCUUUCAGAAGUAUGUGUCAGCAUUUUGUUGGAUUUGCUCCUAUCACAGGGAAAAUACACCCAUCGACAUUCUUACACUGGUUAUCAUGUUUAAGGACAUAUUUUGUGGCAUUGUUUCUCAGUACUCUUCAAUUACUUUUUCUUCUUCCAAAAUCUGUUUCAACCACUUUUCUCUUGGGUCUUCAUUUCCUACAUUUCCCAGAAUGCCUUUAGCUAAAAUAUUUCCUUAAAAUAUUCUAAGAAGAAGGAACACAUUUUUUUUCUGAAGUCUUUUUGAUGAAUUUUUAAUCAGUUCAGAAUGAGUUUUUUUAUGGAUCUUUUUCCUGACUUUGUUUAAGAUCAGAGGCUCCAAAUGUUUUGUCUAGUUGCUCAGAUUGGAUGAGUAAAUGUCUCAGAGAAUGGUCGGGCAUUUUACCAGAACAGAAUGAUUGAUUUGAUUAUUUUAACACCACAAAAUUUGAAUUCAUACUUAAAAAAUAACAACAAAGAUCGUUGAUAUUAGACAACAGUGUUAUAUUGAACACAAAGUCGUGUGACAUCUUUAAAAGGCAACAUCAUACCAGCAAAGUUCUUUCAUCAUGAGAGUAUUGUAAGAACUUUGGGGUUGUUCUUCCUUGUGAUUUAAAAAAAUGCAGUCGGAGCUUAACGUCCUCAUAAGUCACACGACGAUGACACGAGUGUCAGUCUUAUAGAUUUUUCCAUGUAGGCGAUAAAUUAAUUAACUCAAGUUAUCUUUUUGUGGUCACUAACAUGAUAUUUUUACUGAUAUCUUUCCUGCUUUUAUAGAAGAGAAAUACUUUCUCAAGCCAAAUCGUUAUUUUUUUUUUAUUUUUUACUGUAGGUCUCAGGUCUUUAGUGGUCCAUCACUUGUGUGCUUAUUUCUUUGUUUCUGCGUUUUAAUACCCCACAGUAGCUAUUGAUACAUUUAAAAACUGUAGAACGAAUGAAUGUAUUCAAGAGCUAUUCUUAUUUGUGUUACUUGAUGAUGUUUGGCCGAGAAAUAUGCUGAAUUCUAUGACUAACACACUGGGCACGCCAAUCCAGAUCCACCUCGCCUCCAUGUUUACAGGUUAGCUUAGCAUCCGCUGCUGUGACGACGAUGAUAACAGUUUGACAAUCCAUUUGUGGGACAAGUGAGCGCUGUCAAUCAUUAAAACAAACAGUGGGAAUCUUUAUAGUUGAAAACAGUUCAUGGUUAAAAUGCACGCUGUGAAAAAAAUGUCCAUCUUUACAUUGAAAGUUUAUAACGUGAAGCUAACUCUAAUUACGCUAGCAGUGUAGUAGCAAAAUAAGCUAGGCUACUACAUUUAAAAUGAAAGGUUAGGGUUAGGGUAAAAUAAAUGAUCAGCAAGAUUUAAAAAAGUAGAUCUCAAUAUUUUAAUUUUGUUUGUUGGGUAUUAAGAAACAUCUUGAUGCUAAAUUUGAUGCUAGUGAUAACAAUUAGCAUCAAAGUUGCCCCUUGAUCUAACCAAAUCAACUGAUUGGCUACGCAUUGAAAAUAUUUCUCCUAAUCGUCCUAUUUGUGAAAGGUUCUUUUGAAAUGAACAGGACUGUAAAAACAAUGAAUCAAAAGGGUUCAUACUUUAUGAGAAAAGAUUAAUCCAGGCUAGUUAGCUGGUAGCUAUAGCACAAGCUAACACUGUUGUUCUACAUACAGUAGCUCAUAUAGAGAACUGUAUUCUGUGUUUAAUAGUAUAUCGAAGCAUUAGACUUUAAAUACUAUAUUAUAUAACACAUGUUAGGUUAACAUCUGUCAGGUUAACAUCUGUGGUCUCAUGGCUUCAGCUAGCAUAAGAUUAGCUGACCGUUCACUGCUCUUUUUCAUUUAAACCCCAGCUUCCUUGUGAGAUGGACAUUUUCUUCAAAGCAUCUGUGUGCUCACCUCAACAUGACUAUCAUUGUUUUUCUUGUCUGCUAGAGUCUGGACGUGACCAAUCUUUUGGGGAAAGACGCUUUGAUUUUACUAAGUGCUUAAACUAGAUGUUGUGUAUCCGAAACACUGGAUGUGUGACGUCAGAGCAGAUUCAGUGAGGACUGAUUUGAACUUAUUGUGCUCAAAGUUGGGCACUGACGGAGCCAACGAAAAGAAACUUUUUAUGUGGUGGUGAAAAGAGAGUGUAUAAAUUGUGAAUAAACUUUGAAAUUCAA